AUGGCUACUUUCGAAGGCAAGGUAUUUUCAGUCACUGGAGCCGGCUCAGGAAUAGGAGCCGCCACAGCAAAGGUUCUGUACUCUCGAGGCGCAUCGCUUGCAUUGUGCGAUUUGCAAUUCGAGGCACUCGAAAAAAUCGCUCGAGAACUCAAGCCAGUAUCUGCUGGCCAGCAUCUUUCUUAUAAUGCUGUUGACGUUCGCAAAACAGAGGACGUCAACCAGUGGACUGAUGGCAUAAUAAAAGAGUUUGACAGGUUGGAUGGUGCCGCAAACAUCGCAGGUGCUGUUCGAAUAUUACCAUUGGGAACGCUUCUAGAAGAUACAACAGAUGAGGACUGGGAUUUCACGAUACAAACCAAUGCAGCCGGGCUUCAAAUGUCUUCGUUCCCAGCUGAAAGCCAUGAAAAAUGGGGUGCGAUCGUUAAUAUGACCAGUGUGGCUGGCCUCGACGGUGCCGCUGGCUGUGGUGCAUAUUCUCCCAGCAAGCACGCAGUAAUUGGUAUCACGCGAACCGCCGCACUUGAAGCUGCGCCUAAAGGUAUUCGGGUAAAUGGAAUCGCACCUGGCUUGAUUGAUACCCCUAUGGCUGCUACAGAUAAUUUUCCAGUAGAAACAUUUCUUCGACAGGUACCUAUGAAAAGAAUUGCGCAACCUGAGGAGAUUGGACGUAUGGUCGCCGUCCUACUUAGCGAUGAUGCUAGCUAUAUGACCGGCGAGAUAGUACGGAUAGACGGUGGCCUCCGGGCAUAA